AACGGAUUUCGGCGGUGAGGACGUAUGUUGUUUCGCUCCGAGAUAAUUCGACCUUUCGAAAGACGUUAACAGUGAAAACUUAUAGUAAAAAUCCCCCCAGUUGAAAGGAUCAUUUUUUGUUCUUUGUCUAGUUCCUCGUGUAAAACAGCACUAUGUCGAAAAAUUGCAAAAUUUGUAAUAAGCCGGUAGGUCGCAAGAAUCCCGGCCUCGAGUGUCAUGGUUUUUGUAAGCGAUCUUAUCACCAGUCUUGUUUAUUGAUGACACAUGAAGUAUUUAUUGCAUUGCGGUCUGAAGGAAUCACCUGGGCAUGUUCGGAUUGUCGCACAUUGGAUUCCCCGAGAAGGUUUACCGCGGGUCCUAGGGUGGCAACGACUUCGGCGAUCCACGCACCGGAGGAUGAGGUGGAUCUAGUAGCGGCGAUCGGAGCAAUGAGGGCUGAUCUUCAAAGCAUACGGUCACAACAAACAGAGCUACUAACGUCUGUUAAUUUUUGUUCGAACAAAAUAACGGAUUUUGAAGCUCAACUCAAAGAAAUGAGGAAGAGCAUCUCUAAGAUCGAUGAUGUCGUCGCAGAGAACAAGAGGUUGAGGGCUGAGCUGGAUCAGGUGAAUAGAAGGCUCACUGAUAUGGAACAGAUGUCUCGUAUCAAUAACUUGGAAAUUGUUGGGGUCCCAGAGGUGAGAAACGAAAACUUGGUAGAAAUAUUUGAGAAAAUAACCGAAAGUCUAAACUGUAAGAUGAAUGCCAGUGACAUCGAUGAUAUUCACCGGGUCCCUAUCAAUAAGAAUGGUUCCAGCCAAAUAAAAAACAUUGUAGUUAAACUGCACUCAAGAAGGAAUAAGGAAAAUCUGUUAGCAGCCGUUAAACAAACAAAGUCCAGGUCUAAAAUUAAGUCGAACUCAAUCAAGGUGGACGGUGUAUCCGAUCAUCUGUACAUUAAUGAACAUCUUACAUUAAACAAUAAACUCUUAUUCAAAGAAGCUCGAGAAACGGCAAAGUCCAAAAAUUAUAAAUAUGUUUGGAUCAAGAACUGCAAUAUUUACAUGAGAAAAGACGACAGUUCACGUGUACUACAGAUAAGAUCACAUGAUAACCUUCUUCAUCUCAAGUAGAUGAAAUCAAAAGCCUAAGAAAAAAGAUCAACAUAGACCCUUCAUUCCCAUGGAAUCGUCCAAUAUCAAACUUUA